AUGGCAAGAUCAGGUCAUUCCACUCAGUUGACUUCUAGAAGACACAGAAUACAUCAACCACAGUCACAGAAGCUCACGGGAAACAAAAUUUCAGAGCUGAAGAACUACCUUCCUGAGUGGACUUCUGCAAAAAGGAGCGAGAAAUGGGGAGUUUUCAAUGCCAUAGCUCGAGCGGCCAGGUUAUUUGCUCCUAAGGUCGACCAAGGACAAUGGAAAAAGAGGAAGCAGGUGAUACAUCCUUGUUAUGUAAAAGACUUGGUUGUUCAACAACAAGAAAAAAAGGAAAGGAAGGACAUGAUUAAGUAUGGGAGGAAAUGGACACCUAGGCAGGUGAUCUAUCAGCAGAACAGAGAGGAAGUGCUAAAGAGGAUCGAGGAUGAGUUCAGGGCAAAGCCAGGAGGUCAAGACAUGUUCAAGCAUUAUCAAGCUGUGGUGAAGAAGGUCAUGGCCGAUUUGUCCGAGGAUGAGUUGGAGAAGGCGAAAGAAACCACCAAAGAAUGGUCCAACAACUUUCCUCCUCCUGAGACACAGGCGCAAGUCGCCCAUAAGAAGGGACCUGUAUAUAUGGAGCACUUUUUGAACGAGAUGUGGAGACAAUGUGGGAUGAGAGUGUUUGUGUUGUCGGCUUGGAAGAAUGAACACGGAGAGGUGCUGUUCAGGAUGCACAAUGACAACGAGGCAUUAGGGGAUGGGGACAGCUUCAUGAAGACUAAGGACUGGGAGGACAUAGAGCCAGUUUGGCAGGAGUACACGCAGGAACAGUUCGACAUCACAGAAACAAAACUCGAGGAGAAGAAGGCCAUAGUGAGGGCUUUUCUUACAAAGCACUAUAGGAUCUGUUCUGGGAUUGACAAGGCUGGAGUGCCAUGGAGUGCCAUCGUACAAAGUCAGGAUGACUUUGUGGCCAGACAGUAUCUUCCGGCGGAUGUAAACUUGAAGGAGCCUUCCAAGUUGCAAAAUUGGGAUACCACCGCCUUGCUCAAUUUCUGGUAUGCUCGGCAGAAGAUGGGUGAAGGUCCGAUGUUCCUGUUCAAGGCAUGGAGGAACAAAGAAGGCGACAUGCGGAAGAGGGUGAUGAUCUGGAGACCUCGGGAUUCAUCAACUGAAUCCGAGAGUGAGGCUGAGGGCCCUGGCGAUGUUGAACAUGAAGUUCCACUGCCAGCCCCAAAGAGCUUCUGGGGGAAGAAAGAUGUGAUUGAGGCACCGGCGAGAACAACUCGGAGUAAGUCAGUGCAACAACCAUCUGACAGAGUUACUAGAGCAAGGGGCAAUAAGUAA